AUGACGUUACCUGAGUUCUUUGGUUGCACCUUUAUAGCAUUUGGACCACCAUUUGCCUUGUUUAUAUUCACCAUUGGCCACGAUCCUGUGAGAAUCAUCAUACUUAUAGCGGCAGCAUUUUUCUGGCUGCUCUCGCUGUUGCUUUCCUCACUACUCUGGUUUGCCGUCAUCCCUUUGCGAGAUGUUUUAGCCUUUGGUGUUAUCUUCUCAGUGAUAUUUCAAGAAUGUUUCCGGUAUAUUAUUUACCGUAUAUUAAGGAGCACAGAACAGGGUCUCCAUGCGGUGGCUGAGGAUACAAGAGUGACGGAUAACAAGCAUAUUUUGGCUUAUGUUUCCGGCUUAGGCUUCGGCAUCAUUUCGGGAAUGUUUGCCUUGGUCAAUGUACUAGCCGAUAUGAGUGGACCGGGCACAAUGGGCUUGAAGGGCGGAUCAGAAUUCUUCUUUAUCACCUCAGCGGCUCAAGCUUUAUCCAUUAUAUUAUUGCACACUUUCUGGAGUGUGAUAUUUUUCAAUGCCUUCGAUACGAACAAUUAUCUGCAUAUUGGCUAUGUCGUGGGAUCACAUCUCUUUGUCUCCCUGCUGACUCUUCUAAAUGCUGAGGCUUUGUAUAUAGCCACCUUGCUGCCUAAUUAUAUUGUGACCGUCUUGACUGGAGUGUUGGCGUUUAAGGUAGCCGGUGGCACUUCACGCAGUUUUAGGAAAUUCAUAACUUGUCAAUGAAAAUAUAUUACCAUGACAUCAAGUAUUAACUAAUUUAGAUUGUAGGUUUUCAUAUUAUAAUAUGUAAUUUAAUUAUUUUGUAAAAUGUGUGUGUUUUUGAGUAGGACUAACUGCAAUUAAAACUGUACUGUCUAAUAUUA